CGAGGACGUUAACAUUAAACAUAUAUAUUUUUUUAAAUUAAAAUAAGGAAAUGUGUUUGAAAAUAAAUGCAUUUAAAUAUUUUUUAACUCUAUUAGCGUGCACGGGUGUUAGUGCGGUAACAAUGCAGCAAUUUGAAACCUCGCUAGACAUGAUGCGCAAUGGUUGCGCACCAAAAUUCAAAAUCGCCACCGAAAUUUUGGAUAAUUUAAGAGCUGGCGAAUUUGUCGAAAACAAUGGCGACUUGAAGUGUUAUACCAGAUGCAUAGCUCAGCUGGCAGGCACGGUAACUAAAAAGGGCGAUUUUAGCGUGCAAAAAGCAUUAGCACAAAUUCCAAUUAUAUUACCACCUGAGAUGCAGGACCCAGCUAAGGAAGCGUUGAAUGCAUGUAAGGAUGUGCAAAAAAACUAUAAGGAAUCUUGCGAUAAGGUCUUCUACACAACGAAAUGUGUGCGCGACUUUGAUCCAGCUACAUUUAAAUUUCCAUAAUUAUAUGCAUGUAUUGUCAAUAUAUGAGUAUAAAUGCUAGUAUGUGAAGCGUAACAUUCAUUUUAAGCCAAACGAAAAAGCAAAAACAAUACAAAAAACACCUGCGAAAAACAAAGCACUUA